AUGAUGCGGUCCAACAAUCCGUCGAUUCCCAUCCCACGCACCGUGCCAUUACUCCCAUUGCACGACAAGGUCCUCCUCCCAGGAGUAGUUACUCGACUCCAAAUCUCGCGACGGGAUUCUAUCCCCCUGUUUGAAAAGAUCCUUCGCUCUUAUGAUAGCAAGGACUUGAACAAGUGCAUCAUUGGUGUAUUCCCCGUCCAUACCCCUGUCUCUCUUCCUGGUGGCAAGACUAACAAGCACACUUCCUCCUCUGCGGCUGACAAGAAGUCGAGCAGUAUCAGCAGGAGUGAUUAUGGCGGAUACCCCUUGACGGAUGAUGGUGUUGUUGUUGGCAGCAAUGCGGGUCAGGUGGUUCCGUUGAUCGGCGGCCCUGGCAAUGGCGGAGGUCAGGUCCCUCCGGUGGACCCUGCGCAUAUUCAUACGACGGGGUGUGCGGCUCGGUUGGUUCGCCUUGAGCGAGCCGUUGGUGGGUUUACUGUUAUGCUUGAAGGUGUUGUACGACUUCGGCUGAACAAGAUCAUUUCCCAGACACCCUUCUUUGAAGCAGAUGUCACACCCCUGCUCGACAGACCCAUCGACAAGAACGACCAAGACCUGCAGGACCAGAUCGUUACAUUGAAAUCGACCUCCAAGGAGUUUGUCUCGUUGUUACAGAUACUCAAGUUGCCCGCCCCUAUCCUGGUCCAACUUCAAAAGUUUCUGGAGAAUGUGGGUGUAAUUCCUGGACAGGUGGUUGACCUGCUGAUGAGUACCAUCGAGAGCACCAAUGAGGAGAAGCUGAUGAUCCUGGAUGCUGCGGAUUUGAAGGAGCGGAUCCCCAAGGCCAUCGAGUUGUUGACUCGACAGAUUCAUGUACUGAAAAUCUCACAAAAGGUGCACGACAACGUGGAGGGAAAGCUGAACAAGAAGCAACGCGAGUUUUAUCUUCGACAACAGAUUGCGGCUAUCAAGGAGGAAUUGGGAGAAAAAGACGCAGGUGAGGAGGACGAGAUGACGACCAUCGAGAACCGCCUCACCGCCGCUAACUUGCCCGCCGAGGUUCAAAAGGCGGCAGACCGGGAGAUGAAGCGUCUACGAAAGAUGCAACCGGCGUCGUCCGAGUACUCUGUCAUCCGAAACUACCUGGACUGGUUGGGCGAUUUGCCCUGGAACAAGUCGAGCGAAGAUAACCUGGAUGUUGAGCGGGCAAGGAAGCAACUAAAUGAUGAUCAUCAUGGGCUGGAGAAAGUUAAGCGCAGGAUUUUGGAGUACCUGGCUGUGACAAAACUGCAGCUGCUUAAGGGUGAUGUCAAGGGUCCUAUCCUCUGCCUUGUCGGACCCCCUGGAGUCGGCAAAACCUCGCUUGGACGAUCGAUCGCAACGGCAAUGGGGAGAAAGUUCCACCGGAUCUCUCUUGGAGGAGUGUGGGACGAAUCCGAGAUUCGAGGACAUCGUCGGACGUAUGUCGGUGCGCUGCCUGGGCUUAUCAUCCAUGGACUGAAGAAAUGCGAAGUCAACAACCCUGUAUUCCUGCUUGACGAGAUUGACAAGGUUGGAUCCCGAGGACAUCAUGGUGACCCUUCCGCGGCCUUCUUGGAGGUUCUCGAUCCCGAACAGAACAACACCUUCACGGAUCACUACUUGAAUGUGCCGUUUGACCUGUCCAAGGUCCUGUUCAUCGCCACGGCCAAUUCCCUCGACACGAUUUCGGGUCCGCUGCUCGACAGGAUGGAGCUCAUCACCAUCCCUGGUUAUACCUAUGCCGAGAAACUGGCCAUCGCUACCAACCAUCUCCUGCCCAAACAGAUCCGACAGCACGGACUCAACGACGACGAUGUCGAAGUCACUCAGGAGGCACUCCUCAAAGUUGCGACGGGGUAUACUCGUGAGAGUGGAGUGCGCCAUCUGGAGCGCGAGAUUGGCUCCCUUGUCAGAGCAAAGGCUGUAGAGUACGCCGAAGCGCAGGAGCGUCGACUGGCGAAUGAUGGGGGAGCGCUCUUGCAACCCGACUACCACCCUUUGGUCUCAGCCACUGAUGUGGAGGAUAUUUUGGGGCAGGAGAAAUAUGUUAACGAAGUGACUGAGCGUACACCGACACCAGGAGUAGUAACCGGGAUGGCCUAUAAUGGAAUCGGGGGAGGGAUCCUGUUCAUUGAGGCCUCACAGAUGCCCGGAAAGGGCAACUUGCAGUUGACGGGCAGUUUGGGUGAUGUGAUCAAGGAGAGUGCACAAAUCGCGUUAUCUUGGGUCAAGGGACAUGGGUACGAUCUGGGUCUUACGACGGAUCAUGGACAGAAUGUGAUGGAGAAAUCGGAUGUCCAUAUCCAUAUGCCCGGCGGUGGCACUCCUAAGGAUGGACCGUCAGCUGGCAUCGCAAUGGUAUGUGCCCUUGUCUCAAUGUUCGCUCACCAGACCGUGCCUGCUACCACCGCAAUGACGGGCGAGUUCACCUUAAGAGGCCUUGUCAUGCCCGUGGGCGGGAUCAAGGAAAAAGUCAUUGCAGCCCAUCGUGCUGGUGUCCGAAAGAUUAUUAUGCCCUUGAGAAAUCGGAAGGAUGUGGUGGCGGAUGUUCCUCCGAAUGUCCGGGAAGAGAUUGAGUUCUUUUAUGCGUCCACGGUGUGGGAGGUGUUGAGGGAGGCGUUUGAAGGCCGGGUUGCUGCUCGGGCUGGGAGUGUUGCUGCAAGUGGGGUUUUGGACAGUCGGAUAUAG